AUGGCAGGAGAUUCUCGAGUCCUAAUGGACCACAACAUGGAGAUAGGAGUCACACCUGCACAGGUGAAGAAGCUUCCCAAACACUUGAGGGAGGCUCAGAUCUCGACAGAGCGAACCCACUUGAUUUCGGACCCAGCAAAGAAACCACGUCAGCGAUACGUGCAGAAGGAUGGCAAGUGCAAUGUUCAUCAUGGAAACGUGCAAGAGACCUACCGUUACCUCAGUGACUUGUUCACUACGUUGGUGGACCUACGCUGGCGUCUUAGUCUCUUCAUUUUCACACUGGUCUAUGUAGUCAACUGGCUUUUCUUUGGGUUUCUGUGGUGGCUAAUCGCGCUCAUCCGUGGAGAUCUGGUGCAUGCUGACGAGGAGGGCUGGACCCCCUGUGUGGAGAACCUCAACAGUUUUGUCUCAGCCUUCCUCUUCUCCAUUGAAACAGAGACCACCAUUGGUUAUGGUUAUCGAGUUAUCACAGAAAAAUGUCCUGAAGGUAUUAUACUGCUUUUGGUACAGGCCAUCUUGGGUUCCAUUGUUAAUGCCAUGAUGGUGGGCUGCAUGUUUGUCAAGAUCUCACAGCCAAAGAACCGCGCAGAGACCCUCAUGUUCUCACACAACGCAGUCAUAUCAGUGCGAGAUAACAAGAUGUGCCUGAUGUUUCGGGUGGGGGACCUGAGGAACUCUCACAUUGUGGAGGCAUCAAUCAGAGCGAAGCUGAUCCGCUCACAGCAGACCAAGGAGGGGGAGUUCAUCCCACUCAACCAGACUGACAUCAACAUCGGCUUUGACACAGGAGAUGACCGACUGUUCUUGGUGUCGCCACUCAUCAUCUCUCAUGAGAUUAACGAGAAGAGCCCCUUCUGGGAGAUGUCGCUUGCUCAAAUGGAGAAGGAGGAGUUCGAGAUUGUGGUUAUUCUGGAGGGCAUGGUGGAGGCUACAGGGAUGACAUGUCAGGCACGAAGUUCCUACCUGGACACGGAGGUGCUGUGGGGCUACCGCUUCACGCCAGUUCUAUCACUGGAGAAGGGCUUCUAUGAGGUCGACUACAACAACUUCCAUGAUGUCUAUGAGACCAACACCCCCACCUGCAGCGCCAAGGAGAUGGCGGCCAAGCUUCGGGAUGGGCCACUAUUGCCGCAGCUUUCACUCCUCAGCCCUGAGCCCAAAAUGCACACUUUUGACCCCCUAGACCGCCUAUCAAAACAGGAUCCACUCAGCCAGGACGAGGAGAAGGAGGACAGGGAUUCAGGGGGUGACAGAGGAGAGACUAAUGGCUCAGCCGCUGCUUUGGAGGAGCCCCCCUUUGCUGAUGGACUGCCUGACUGA